AUGGAUUUGAGCAUGGAAAUGACUUCAAGAGUGGAAGUUGAGGAAGAUAGCGAUAACAAUAAAGGAAGUAUGUGGGAUUUGGAUCAGAAACUUGAUCAGCCCAUGGAUGAGGAAGCUGGAAGGCUCAGAAAUAUGUACAGAGAAAAGAAGUUCUCAGCGCUUUUGCUUCUACGGCUUGCCUUCCAGAGUCUUGGAGUGGUGUAUGGAGACUUGGGCACUUCUCCCUUGUACGUGUUCUACAAUACAUUUCCUCAUGGAAUCAAUGAUUCAGAGGAUGUGAUUGGAGCUCUUUCAUUGAUCAUAUACUCGCUCACUCUUGUUCCACUCCUCAAGUAUGUCUUCAUAGUGUGUAGAGCAAAUGACAGCGGUCAAGGUGGAACAUUUGCCCUCUAUUCAUUACUUUGUCGGCAUGCUAAAGUAAGAACUAUUCCAAAUCAACAUCGGACAGAUGAAGAGCUAACAACAUAUAGCCGUUCCACUUUCCAUGAACAAUCAUUUGCUGCUAAAACUAAGCGAUGGUUGGAGAGAUAUACAUUCAGAAGGAAUGCGCUCCUUAUUCUUGUCCUUGUUGGCACUUGUAUGGUGAUUGGGGAUGGAAUUCUCACUCCAGCAAUUUCUGUUCUUUCAGCUUCUGGCGGGAUCAAGGUAAACCAUCCCAAACUGAGUAAUGAUGUAGUUGUAGUUGUUGCGGUCGUAAUAUUGGUGGGUUUGUUUAGCAUGCAACACUACGGGACAGAUAAAGUUGGCUGGCUCUUUGCCCCAAUUGUGCUGCUUUGGUUUCUCUUGAUUGGGGGCAUCGGCCUGUUCAACAUCUGGAAAUAUGAUACUGGUGUUCUGAAAGCUUUUUCACCUGUAUACAUUUAUCGGUAUUUCAGACGAGGAGGUAGAGAUGGUUGGACCUCCCUUGGAGGGAUUAUGCUCAGUAUCACUGGUACAGAGGCACUUUUUGCUGACCUAGCCCAUUUUCCAGUUUCAGCUGUACAGAUUGCUUUUACAGUAGUUGUUUUUCCCUGCCUUCUUUUAGCAUAUUCAGGACAAGCUGCUUAUCUUAUGCAAAACAAGGACCAUGUGGUUGAUGCAUUCUAUCGUUCUAUUCCGGAUAGUAUAUAUUGGCCAGUGUUCGUUGUUGCAACUGCAGCUGCUAUAGUCGCAAGUCAGGCUACCAUAUCGGCAACGUUUUCAAUAAUCAAGCAGGCCCUUGCACUUGGAUGUUUCCCAAGAGUCAAAGUUGUACAUACAUCAAAAACUUUCCUAGGCCAGAUAUAUAUUCCAGAUAUGAAUUGGAUCCUUAUGAUUCUUUGCAUCUGCGUCACUGCUGGUUUCAAGAACCAAAGUCAAAUUGGUAAUGCUUAUGGGACAGCUGUUGUGAUAGUCAUGCUGGUAACCACUUUGCUUAUGAUUCUAAUCAUGCUAUUGGUGUGGCGCUGCCAUUGGAUUCUUGUCAUGCUCUUCACUGGCUUAUCACUGGUUGUAGAAUGCACCUACUUCUCUGCUGUACUCUUCAAGAUUGAUCAAGGUGGGUGGGUUCCCCUUGUGAUUGCAGCGGCCUUUCUGAUCAUCAUGUAUGUUUGGCAUUAUGGUACAUUGAAACGCUACGAGUUUGAGAUGCACAGUAAGGUUUCUAUGGCAUGGAUUGUAGGCCUUGGCCCCAGUUUGGGGCUGGUGAGAGUCCCCGGGAUUGGACUUGUGUACACCGAGCUGGCGAAUGGGGUCCCCCACAUCUUUUCUCACUUCAUCACAAAUCUACCUGCCAUACAUUCUGUUGUUGUUUUUGUCUGUGUGAAGUACCUCCCUGUCUACACAGUCCCUGAAGAAGAGAGAUUCCUUGUCAAGCGGAUUGGACCAAAGAAUUUCCACAUGUUUCGUUGUGUUGCAAGGUAUGGAUAUAAAGACCUUCACAAGAAAGAUGAAGAUUUUGAGAAAAAACUCUUUGAUAGCCUCUUCUUGUUUGUCCGGCUUGAGUCUAUGAUGGAAGGGUGUUCAGACUCAGAUGAGUAUAGUUUAUAUGGUCAGCAAACCGAGCGGUCGAGAGAAGCCCUUUUGAAUAAUAACGGCAAUACAACUUCGUUUGCAGAUCCCACUAUUUCAUCCAUUGACUCGAUUGUGCAGAUCAAGUCUCCAUCACAUGCAAAUUUUACCAUGAGGUCGUCUGGUCAAACAAGCAGCCAGACGGAGGUUGAUGAGAGAGAUUUUUUGAAUAAUUGUAGGGAUGCUGGAGUGGUGCACAUAAUGGGGAAUACAGUUGUGAGAGCUAGGAGGGAUGCAAGAUUCUACAAAAGGAUAGCUGUUGAUUACAUAUAUGCAUUUCUUAGGAAAAUUUGUAGGGAAAACAGUGUGAUUUUUAAUGUUCCUCAUGAGAGUCUCUUGAAUGUGGGACAGAUAUUCUAUGUAUAA